AAUCGAUUAUUUACCGACCCUGUCACACCUUUCCCGAUUUCCAAAGUUUUCAAAUUAUGAAAGCACGCAACAUUAAGACCGUGAGACACAACAAAGAGUGGGAGGGCUAAGCCUUCAAACGUCUACGACUGAAGUGGAAAAAACACACAACUCUGUUAGCCAGCAGAUUAUUAGAUGUCAGGACACUAGCCGGGAGUCGUGUCUUCAGCGAGGAAAGAAGACCUCAUUUUGAGUUUUAUUUCUGGCGCUACGUUUUAUCCUCGGAUACGACAUGUCUCCAGUGGAGAUCAGACGUUUAUUUAUUGUUGUUUGAGACGUAGCCGACUGGCUAGCUGGCUAACUCCCCCUUCCCCUUAACUACGAGCUAGCUACUUAGCGACAGUGGUGUGAAAAUAUUCAGAAAUCCGGCUUUGGCAGGCUGUGGUCAAGAGAACGACAUUUGACAAUGAAUGGUCUUUCUGUGAGUGAGUUGUGUUGCCUGUUCUGUUGCCCCCCCUGCCCCAGCCGCAUUGCUGCCAAGCUUGCCUUUCUGCCCCCUGAACCCACCUAUGCCCUCCUGCCUGAUCUGGAGGCCGGGCCGGUACCGGCCGGACCCACCGGAACGUCGGGCCUUCGCUCUAGGAGUAUAGGUGGUAGUGGGAGUUCAGUAGGGGGAGGGAAUGUUACAGGGGAGGGGCGCUGGAAGCUCCAUCUAACUGAGCGGGCGGAAUUCCAGUAUUCCCAGCGGGAAUUGGAUGUCACGGAAGUGUUUUUGACUCGCUCAAGUCGAGGGAACAGAGUUGGCUGCAUGUAUAUCCGCUGUGCCCCCUCGGCCAGGUUUACGGUCCUGUUCUCCCAUGGUAAUGCUGUGGAUCUAGGCCAGAUGAGCAGCUUCUAUAUUGGCUUGGGCACUCGCAUCAACUGUAACAUAUUCUCAUAUGAUUACUCCGGCUAUGGGGUCAGCACAGGAAAACCGUCAGAAAAGAAUCUGUACGCAGAUAUAGACGCAGCGUGGCAGGCUCUACGCUCACGAUAUGGCAUCAGCCCAGAGAAUAUUAUCCUUUAUGGACAAAGCAUUGGCACGGUGCCGACAGUGGACCUGGCAUCCAGAUACGAGUGUGCGGCCGUAAUUCUUCACUCCCCUCUCACCUCUGGCAUGAGGGUGGCCUUCCCCGACACUAAGAAGACUUACUGUUUUGACGCAUUUCCUAACAUUGAAAAAGUGUCUAAAAUCACAUCUCCUGUGUUGAUCAUCCAUGGGACUGAGGAUGAGGUCAUAGAUUUUUCCCACGGCCUGGCCCUGUACGAGCGGUGCCCCAAAGCCGUGGAGCCGCUGUGGGUGGAGGGAGCCGGACACAACGACAUCGAACUCUACAGCCAGUACUUAGAACGCCUGCGUCGUUUUAUUGGGCAGGAACUGGCGGCACAACAUCCCUAAACUUUCCUCCGUCUCUUUCUUUUUUAACUUUUCAUCCCACCAUCCCCCUGUCUGAACAAGAGCGAAAUGGAUGUAACUUAUUGAAGGCUGCCAUUUUGUAUGGACAUCGGAGCAGCUCGACACAGACAGUCUGCUGCUCGGAUUUGUUCUACGUUUCUUUUCCCCCUUUUCUUUUCAUCUCUCAAGUUUUUGUGAGCAUGCAUGUGCGUGAGAUUGCGUAUGCAUGGGAACUCUGGGGGAUGGAAGUGGAAUUUCUUUGGGGCAUAGAUGGAUGGAUCCUUCUUUGCCUGUUGAAGUCGUUCUCUCUCCUCUAAACAGGAAAUAAGAUCGACGCAGUUCUGUACCGCCAACCUGAGCAUUCGUUUGCUCCCAUGAUGAAUCAGCCAAGAGAUCUUCACAUCCCAAUUUACACCAGGCAACCUAAAAUAACUCAAUCUCACUGCCAGCACACCUGGCAAUUUUUCAAGCCUGGGUUUUUCAAGCCUUGACCCUGCCGGAGGGAAAAGAAAAAACAGGAUAUUUGAUGGUGGAUGAUUUUAAGUGUCCUAAACUUCAAAGAUUUCUAUUCUUUCCUUGAUGUCACCCCCCUUUUUAUACUAAUUAAUUAAUCUAACCACUUGACUUCCCGGGAUGGCUGUUUUUUCCAGGUGCAUGGGUUUUUUCCUCUCACCUAUUCCCUAUGGGAUGCUGAUCUCUGUCUCGAUUUCCCCUCUGAUCCUAUUUUGUAAAAGAUGCACCAGGUAUGGGUGAGAAACACCUGGUGUAGUCUGCUCCAGGCAAGGAAAGCUUGAAAUUCUGGGACACUGGCCUUUGUCCCUAGCAGAUCAGUCAAUUUCUCUUGCUGUCUCAUACCAUUCUUAGUAGUAUAUGAGGGUGUCUGUAACACCCUGAGGUGAACCGGGAACGUUGCCCAGUCGUCAUAUUUCAAUGAAACCACUGCGGUUGGGAGUCAUCACAUAAAACGCAGUACACCUGCUGCUCUCCGAGUAAAGCUAAUUCAUGUCCAAAUCCAUACGUCAUGUUUAUGAACUGUCGAGCCAGUACAAAGACUGAGGUUUCGUAACCUCAUUGGGACUUUCCUUAAGCCAGAUCUUUAUAGAAUUUUGGCACAGAGUUUCCACAUUUCCACAAGACGGAAUGAACCUUUUAGAGAAAUAAAAAAUAUGUUAUCAUUUACUUACCCUCAUGUUAUUCCUUUACUGGCGUCUACGUGUCACGCAAGCAUUUUCUUUUAAUAUACGUCAUGCUUGUUUUUUUUCUAUUUAAUAAAGGUGGAUGAGGACAGCGGCUGUAAGACUUAAAAUAUUUUGUGUGCAUAACUUAGAUAUAGAGAUAGUUAUUGUAUAGUUAUGUCUUUUAUUGGACUUUAUAUUGUUUUGGAGUUUGACAGCUUCAGUCCUCACACUUCGAUUAUAUGGAAAAAAAAUAAUUAAAUAUUCACCUUUUAAUGUUUCCAUGUAAUAAGAUUUACAUGAGCGUAAGUAAAUCAUUGAAUGUUUAGUUUUGGGUGAACUAUUUAAACGGGUGUUGUGGAUUAAUCGUGUGAAAACAAGUAACGCACACAACAUGGGCAGUAGCCAGUGUCUCUUCUGAUCCCUGUGUGAUCCGUGACAUUCAACUCUAAGCCAGUUUUUCCUGUUUGUGGUUUGACGUGAAUUAUCUCCCUGCGAUGAAAAUGUUACGUACUCUCGUGUACAGUUUGCAUUCAAAUUCGAGGUCAAGCUGUAAUGUCAUAUAUCUGUUGCUCUUGGGUUAUUGUUAUGUUUGUUUUUUAAAUUAAUCAUAAAGUUUGAUGCAAAUGAGAGUCAUAAAUCAAAUCAUGUAAAGCAUAGGUUAUCAUUUAAAGAAUAUCCUUUAUUGUGAUUAUAAAAGAUUUUCUAUUCUG